GCACCGCAGAGAGAGGAGCGAGAGCGAGCGACCCCCCCGAGCCGUGCCAACCAAGAACCAUCCACCCACCACCACCACCCCGGCCGCUUCCUUGUCCCUGCCCCUCCGUUGGUCUCCUUUGCCCAUCUCAUCCUCUCUCUCUCUCUCCCUCUCUCUCUCUCUGGCGGUCGGCGUGGCUCCGGGGGCGCGAAGCGCGGGCUCGGCGGGGCGACUCGCCGGCGGCGACCUGCAGGUUUGGGUAUGAGAGGGGUCACCCACGCGGCGCCCACCACAAGCGCCCCCCGCCCCCGCGGACGCCUCAUGGACGGCCUCCUCAUCUUCGUCUUCUACCUCUCGCUGCCCACCCGUGCCGGCCGCGACCACUCGUCAAUCGCCGCCUCUAAUUGUUAGCCGCCGCCGGCACGCCAUUGCUCGGCCCGCCUCCCGAGAAGCUCGAUCUGCGGCCUAGCCAGCCAGCCUCACGCGGGAUCAGGAUCGAUGGACCAGCCACCGAAUGGAUUCGCCGCCGGAGGUUUUUUCACGCACAUUGAUGGGCAAAACCGUUCUCCCCCUUCUGUAAUUGUCAUUGGGGGAGGGAUUUCAGGCAUCGCAGCUGCACGUGCUUUGUCGACUGCUUCAUUUAAGGUCACACUCUUGGAGUCCAGGGACCGACCUGGUGGCCGUGUGCACACUGACUAUUCUUUCGGUUGCCCAAUUGACAUGGGAGCAUCAUGGUUGCAUGGUGUUUGCAAUGAGAAUUCUUUGGCACCACUGAUUAGGAUGCUUGGGCUUAGGUUAUAUCGCACAAGCGGUGAUAACUCUGUUCUGUAUGACCAUGAUUUGGAAAGUUAUGCUCUUUUUGAUAAGCAUGGUCAGCAAGUUCCCCAGGAGAUAGUAAGCAAAGUUGGAGAGACAUUUGAGAGAAUUCUUAAGGAGACUGUCAUAGUAAGAGAUGAGCAUGCAAAUGACAUGCCUCUUUUUCAAGCCAUAGCGAUCGUGCUUGACAGGAAUCCGCAUAUGAAGCUGCAGGGCCUGGAAUAUGAAGUACUGCAGUGGUGCAUAUGUAGGCUGGAGGCAUGGUUCGCUACUGACAUGGACAAUAUAUCUCUGAAAACUUGGGAUCAGGAACAUGUGCUUACCGGUGGACAUGGUCUUAUGGUGAAUGGCUACGACCCUGUCAUCAGAGCUCUCGCUCAAGGUCUCGAUAUUCACCUCAACCACAGGGUCACAAAGAUCAUACAACGCUAUAACAAGGUUAUUGUCUGUGUGGAAGAUGGGGCGAGUUUUGUCGCAGACGCUGCUAUAGUAACCGUCCCUCUCGGGGUACUCAAGGCAAACAUCAUCAAGUUUGAGCCUGAGCUACCGAAAGAGAAGCUCUCGGCAAUCGCCGACCUUGGCGUCGGUAUCGAGAACAAGAUAGCUCUCAAGUUCGACACUGUGUUUUGGCCCGACGUUGAAGUGAUAGGUAGGGUGGCCCCGACGUCAAACGCCUGUGGCUACUUUCUCAACCUUAACAAAGCCACAGGAAACCCGGUCCUGGUGUGCAUGGUGGCCGGAAGGUUCGCGUACGAGAUCGAGAAGCUGUCGGACGAAGAGUCCGUGAACUUCGUCAUGUCCCAGCUCAGGAACAUGCUGCCGCAGGCAACUGACCCGGUUCAGUAUCUGGUCUCGCGCUGGGGUAGUGACCCCAACUCACUUGGCUCCUACUCGUGCGACCUGGUGGGGAAACCAGCUGACCUGUAUGAAAGGUUCUGCGCUCCGGUGGGCAGCCUGUUCUUCGCCGGGGAGGCCGCCUGCAUUGACCACUCCGGAUCGGUGCACGGAGCUUACUCGUCAGGCAUCGCUGCCGCAGAGGACUGCCGAAGGCGUCUGUCGGCGCAGCUAGGCAUCUCGGCCGGCCUGUUCCAGGUCGGGAAGGCUGCCAUGAGGGAGGAGAUGACGGCUGAAGCCAUGGUCCCCUUCCAGAUAUCCAGGUUGUAAGAGAGAAUCUAUUCAACACCGUCUUUGUGUCACCGGUUUGUUGCUUGAUGUAAUUGUAAAAUGGUGUAAGACCUUGUUUGUUGGAAUA